ACAAAUUUAGAGAACCUCCAUGAUUUUGAUUCGAUUUGCAAUCGAAAAAUACCCAUCACAGUCACCUGGUGAGAAAAGCAUAAAAUUUCUAAGGGAUGCACUUGACAACCCAAAGUUAAAACAUGACUCAGCAAACGGUAGCUAAGUUUUGGCUUGCGACCAAAACCGAACUUCAGGAUGUGCUACUUCACGAACAACUUGUUCAGCGUUUCGAACCAACAAAAGAAACUCCUAUCGUCCACAGGGUUCUAUCGGAGCUAUACUGCCGGUAUGUUCAGUUAUGCCGGAUGCUUGAUCGCUGCUAUGACCAAACAUUGCAAGUUCAAAAACGGCAAGUCAUCACCGUCCUUACUGAAACGGCGAAUAAACGUAUGCUGGAGCUACAGCAGAAAAUUAAGCUAAUGGAACUUAGCGAGUUUACAUAUGUCGAUGGCGCGCUUCGGGAGCUGCAUCUGAUUCCGGACGACGUUAAAAUCCUUCGGCCCUGUUAUUACCCACUUGAACGCUCAGAGGAACACCAAGCGUUGACGGUUAGUCAAUCGCUUGAGCCACUGACCAGCAGCUCAAGGGAAGACGAGUGUAGUUCCAGUUCGGAAAGUGAAGAAGAACCGCCUCCAGAUCCAAGACGUCCAUUCGUGCGCAGAGAUCGGGCUAAAGAGAAACGCAUAGCUGCGUGUAAUUUGAUCCUAGCACAUGAAAAAGCUCGUCGUGCCAGAAUUCUAUUACUAAACUUUAAACUUCAUCCUAAGGUAUUUUAUCCGAAACCACGGGAGGAUUCCAUUCUAGAUGUGCCAUAUGAGUUCUACCAUCGACCGGAUCAGCUUAUGCUGAUACCGGUCAAGAGAACCGUCUUCGCGUGGGAUUACAGACUGAAAAAGAAAAAUGUUGUAGAUUUUCCUUACUACAGACCACCCGGAUGGAUCGACGAAAUCGCCGAAGUCGUUGAAACGAUCGAACCUGAGGUAAAAGAAGAAACAACCCUGGCAACCGAAGAGAUCGAAGAGGAAUCCGAUAAUAGUGAAGAGCUAGUUGAACAAAUGAUAAGAUUACGUGCCGCGAGAAAAACUCAACGUUACUUUCGAAAUUACCAACAUCGAAAGCAGCUGAAAAGACAGCGCUAUCAAAGGUUACUCUUUUUGGGAAUGAUAGACGAAAUGACAGCAGGACCUGACUUGGAUUCAAGAAUCAAACGAGCAAAUGAUGAAAGAAGAAGCCGUAAGCUGGAGUUUGAUGAGACGUUUCUGCAAGCACUUGAAGACGAAAAGGCAAGAAUUUUACAACAGCGCGGUCCAUGGAUCAUGGAGGACAUAUCCGAUCACAUUCGAGCAUGGUUUAGGGAGUUUUAUGAUUUUGCACACGCCUUUGAUCGAUAUCCUGAGGAAUGGGAAGGGGGAACUUUGCUGGUAAUUAAAGGCGAAACCAUGACGCCUGAUGAAUACUUAGAGGCGGAACGUAAAAAAGCUCUGCAAAAGCGCAAAACUGCGGACCAGAAAAAGAAAGAGGCCGAAGCGAAGAAAAAAGCUAAAGAGCGGGAAAAAGAGAAGAAAAAGGAGGAAAUGGAACGAAUCAAAGAAUUAAGGCGUGAGGAAAAGGAAAGGGAAAAGAAAGAAGGAAAAACGUAUGAUUUCAGCAAGCUUGAGUUUGCAACGAAUGUCUAUCUUUCAAUUGAAGAAACAGUGUCCCGUUAUGAGAAGGACUGGUACUUUGUAAAUGAGUUGGAGAACAAAGAAGAACUGCCGAUUAUGGAGUGGAUAACACUUGACAAGUUCGCCGAAGUUCAUCAAGAAUUGCGGCCCUUGGUAGACGAAGUGCUUCGUGCCGAACGAGAGCUUCUCCAGAAGGCACUAUGCAAGGACACGAAGAAGAAAUACAAACCCCCGAAACCGAAAAAACAGAAGAAAAAAAGAGGUAAAAAAGGAAAGAAGAAAAGGGAACUCCCUGACCUAACUGCGGAUAGAUCGGUUGAUUCCCUAUACGAGGAACUAGUCGAAAAAGAAAUUAUUCGAUCGUACAAAAAAAGACAAAUUGAUGACUUCAUUGGAGACUACAACUACGCUGCUUUUGAAAAGCGAAACUAUCUGGAGCAGGAUCCGGCAGCAGCAAUGGGUGAAAUACGUGAUAUAAUUCGUUCGUGGUUGUUUGGGUUUGGCCCUCUUGCCUUACCGAAACCAAAAUCGUUUUGCUUGAUAGGACCUCCAGGGUACGGAAAAACUAUGCUCGUAGAAGCAAUCUGCACGGAAACAAACUCAGUUCUGUUUACCCUCAGCUGUUCCAACAUCGCGCCAGUAGAUGCUUCCGAGUUACCAUUGCUUCUACACAUGGUUUUGAAAAUGGCUCGAAUUUUACAACCCACGGUUAUCUACAUCGAUCAGGCUCAUAAACCGUUUUAUAAAAAAAUUCCUCCUGAAGAAAAAUCAAUAGAUCCUACAAAGCUGGGCAAAUUUCUAUUUAAACUGUUGGUAAAACAAAUAAAAAAAGACGAGAAGAUUCUGCUAGUGGGCACCUCUAGCCAACCGUGGACAGCAAAGCUGGGAAAGUUUAAGAAGUGUUUCGAGAAAUUUCUCAUAAUACCAAAAACUGAUUACGGCACAACCCAGUUGCUGUGGAAAAAAGCGUUGAGCAAAAAGGUUGGCAUUGGAAAAGAUUUCGAUGUGUCGCCGCUGUCGAUGGUUACCAAGGGUUACUCACCCCAGCAGAUAAUGGGAUGCGUGAAUCAAGUUCUCGGCAUCCGUAGGCGUAUGAGACUGGAGCGAGAACCACUAACCGCUGAAGAACUACUAGAAUAUUUUCUCAGAAAAUCUCCCCCGGAGUACCCGAUUACAGACAAGGAAUAUGAUAAAUAUUUGAAAUUUUACCGUAAAUCCGAUAAACUGGCCAAAAAGCGAGCCAAGAUGGUCAAGGUUCGCGAAGAAGCUCUUGCCAAACUCAAAGCCAAAAUGGAGAAGAAGAAGAAAUGAAACACCAGACAGCGAGUGAUAUCUAUUGCGGAAUAUUAACACUUACCAACGAUAACUGAUAUAAUUUCUUAAUUGUACAUUUGUUUGCGUUUCGUAUGGCUUUUCGAAUUCGAGCAAUUCGGCAGAAAAUAGAAACGAAAAUUAUUGUCAUAUCCAAAAGUUGAUUAUUGAAACAGAGUUAACAGAACAGAGAAACAAAAUACAGUGAAGAAAAUAUGCACAAAAAAACUCACAGUCGGAAAUAGAGAACUGAAUAGAUCGCUACAUGUAAAUAAGAAAGUCCUUUCGUCCAGUUACGCUUUCUGCCAACCGUUUGCCAGCUUCGGUAGGAGCGCUGAAAGCGAUUUCGUCGUAGCUCAAUGGGUAACCAAAGAUGAAAUGGGACUUCAGAACCGUAAGUAUUGUCCGGGCUAUUCCAUGGCAGCGGAAGUUGGGCGAUACCCAAAUGCGAGAGAUCCCACACCUGCAAACAAUAAAAACCAUUGUGUUUAGAAGAUAAAAAAGAACGGAACACUUCACUUACUUCGUUGGGUAUGUUUCCAUCGUGCAACAAUCGAUGGAUCCCUCAAUACCCUCGAUUGUGAGUAACCUAUUGGCCUGCUGCACCGGCUGCGCCACACAAACUCCGAGUACCGUCGAACGUGCUACAGCUAGAUAAACCACCGAACCCAUCAUCAGCGAGCAGGGUUCAAUGUAACCUAACUCUCGAUCUACCACGGACAGCACUUCAAAAAUCUUCUGCAACCUCUGUUUACUCUCGGCUAUCGUAACGGCCAGAAUCCUACCCGAAACAUCCCACUCGGGAACACGAGCUAUCACUGGUUCAUUGGUCCAGCCGGGAAAUUUUAGCACAUGCUGUGAGUUGUGAUAGUUUUCGUGAAUCAGCUCCUCCUCUGGCUCGUGGACGCUGUAAAUUAAACCGCAUCCCGAGCACUGCUGA